UUUGCUGUUGAACUUGUAAAAUUUACGGAAUUUACUGAAGCGUAUUUACCUACACGUGCUGUUGUAUCAUUCCAAUUUAUUUCCAAUGAUCCUACAAUGAGCAGCACGUAAAUUAACAUCCAUCUUAAAUUGCUUUGGGACUGAUGCUCAUACCAUCACUAUUUCUCCUCGUGUGUGAGUUACUGUCUUCUAGUCGAGGUCUGGACAAUGGUUUGGCGUUAACUCCCCCGAUGGGCUGGCUGUCAUGGCUCCGAUUUGAGUGCAAUACCGACUGUGAGAAAAAGCCAACCGAAUGUAUAAGUGAAAACUUAAUAAAGAGGACAGCGGAUGCCAUGGCCAGCGAAGGUUACUUGGAGGCAGGAUACCAAUACGUGACCAUAGACGAUUGCUGGCCGGAGAAGAGUCGUGAUGAUGACGGCCGCCUUGUUGCUGAUAGAACUCGUUUCCCUAGUGGGAUGAAGGAACUUUCCCGCUAUGUCCACAGCAAGGGUUUGAAGUUCGGUAUCUACGAAGACUAUGGUAAUUUAACCUGUGCUGGCUACCCUGGCGUGAUGGGCCAUGAACUAAUAGACGUGGCUAGCUUCGCAGUAUGGGAGGUGGACUACGUGAAGCUGGAUGGGUGCUACGCUGGUGAUAUGGACACAGGUUACCCCCUAUUUGGCAAGCUGCUCAAUUACACACAUCGUCCAAUAUUGUAUUCAUGCAGUUGGCCCGCUUAUCAGAAUUCUCCUAAUUACACAGCGAUAGCAGAGUCCUGCAACAUCUGGCGUAACUAUGGAGACAUACAGAACAACUGGCCGUCUGUAGUGAACAUCAUGAACUGGUUCGGAGACCACCAGGAUGACUUCGCUCACAUCGCAGGCCCGGGGAACUUUAAUGACCCUGACAUGCUCGUCAUAGGUAAUUCUGGACUGACAGUAGAUCAAGCUCGAGUGCAGAUGGCUGUAUGGUCAGUCCUGGCCGCUCCUCUCAUCAUGAGCGUGGACUUAUCCACUAUCAAGUCAGAUUUCAAGGAGAUUUUGCUGAACAAAGACGUCAUAGCUGUUAAUCAGGACCCUUUGGGCAAACAGGGCUUAAGGGUGUAUAAUGAAGAUGAUAUUCAGAUUUGGAACCGAGAAUUAUCGAACAAUUCACGAGCGCUUGCGUUUGUGAACCUUCGUACUACAGAAGCUGAAGUUUUGUACACACACGAACAAAUGAAACUGCCUACACAGGAGUAUAUUGUAAAGGAUCUCUAUGGGGAAGAAAAAGAUCGAAUUUUAGGAAGCGCAGAAGAUUUUAAAGUAAACAUUAAUCCAACAGGCGUCAAAUUCUACAAGUUCAUCCCAAAAGCUGACGAAGUCGACCCUAUCUGUGAAAACGAAAUUAUAAAAUACUAGUGGA